GACCCCAAACGCCUCCUCCAUUUCUUUGAUUGGUCCGCUUCUGUAAUGGGUGUUCCUCAGAAUCUGAAUUCUUUUUCGAUUCUGGCUAUUGCUUUGUGUAAUUCGAGUCUCUUCGCGCCUGCCAAUGGCGUCAUAGAGCGGAUGGUGGGAACCCGGAAGCCGCCGUUGGAAAUUAUCGACUCUAUUGUUAGGUGCUAUACAGAAUGUGGUGGGUCUAAUUUAGUGGUUUUCGAGAUUUUGGUUAAUGCUUAUAAGAAAAUGGGGUUGUUGAAUGAGGCUGCUAGUGUGUUUUUGGAAGCUAAAAAUGGUGGCUUUUUUCCUAGUUUGGUGUGUUGUAAUUCUUUGUUGAAUGACUUGGUCAAGUGUAAUAGGAUGGAGUUGUUUUGGAAGGUAUACGAUGGGAUGUUAGAGUCUAAGAUAAGUCCUGAUGUUUAUACUUAUACUGCUGUGAUUAAUGCGCAUUUUAAGGUUGGGAAUGUUGAGGAGGUUAGAAGAGUGCUUUUUGAGAUGGAGGAGAAGGGUUGUAGUCCUAAUUUGGUUACCUACAAUGUGGUGAUUGGAGGAUUGUGCAAAAGUGGGGCUGUUGAUGAAGCUCUUGAGCUGAAGAAGUCCAUGGCUGGGAAGGGGUUGGUCCCGGAUACAUAUACUUACUCUAUACUUGUUGAUGGGUUUUGCAAACAGAAGCGGUCAGAAGAAGCGAAGUUGAUAUUGGAAGAGACGUUUGCCAUGGGUUUACAUCCUGACCUAUUUACCUAUACUGCUCUGGUUGAUGGGUUCAUGAAACAAGGUCAAGCAGAAGAGGUGUUGAGAAUCAAGGAUGAGAUGGCUGCCCGUGGAAUACAGUUAACUUUGGUGACAUAUAAGGUGCUUGUUAGUGGGUUCUGUAAGGUUGGUGAGAUGAAGAAGGCCAUAGGUCUCUUGAAUGAGAUGAUUGCCAUGGGGAUAAAACCUGAUACUCAUACUUAUAACCUUUUAAUUGAUGGUUAUUACAAACAGAAAAAUAUGGUUAAGGCUUAUGAGCUAGUUCUUGAGAUGAAGAAGUGGAACUUGGCACCCACAGUGUUCACUUAUGGUGUGAUAAUAAAUGGUCUUUGCCGUUCUGGAGAUCUGCAAAGGGCUAAUAGUGUUUGGGAGCAAAUGAUUGCUGGGGGUAUCCUGCCAAAUGCUGUUCUAUACUCAACUCUAAUUAAAGGUCAUGUCCAAGAAAGCAGAUUUGACGAGGCAAUAAGGAUAGUAAAAGGAAUGAAGGAGAAGGGGGUUCUGCCUGAUGUCUUUUGCUAUAAUUCUCUUAUAAUUGGUCUCUGCAAGGUCAAAAAGAUGGAAGAUGCAAAGACUUUCUUAGUUGAAAUGAUUGAGAGUGGAUUGAAGCCUAAUGCAUACACCUAUGGGGCUUUCAUUGAUGGAUAUGGUAAAGUGGGGAAUAUGCAAUUAGCAGAUAGGUAUUUCAGAGAAAUGCUAGGUUGUGGUAUUGCGCCAAAUAGUGUAGUCUAUACUGCCCUGAUUGAUGGGCACUGUAAAGAGGGUAACAUAACCGGAGCCUUCUCAGCGUUUAGAUGUAUGCUUGGACGAGGUGUCAUCCCGGAUGUCCAAACUUAUAGUGUCCUCAUCCAUGGUCUCUCUAGGAAUGGAAAAGUUCAGGAAGCAAUGGAGGUUUUAUCUGAACUUAUUGACAAGGGUCUGGCGGCUGAUGCUUUCACUUACAACUCUCUCAUUUCUGGCUUCUGUAAGAAAGGUGAUUUAGGGAGAGCUUUUCAACUCCGUGAAGAGAUGUGCCAGAAAGGCAUUACUCCAAACAUUGUCACUUAUAAUACCUUGAUCAACGGACUUUGCAAGUCGGGUGACAUGGAGAGAGCUAGGGAACUGUUUGAUGGAAUCUCAGAAAAGGGUUUGGCUCCUAAUGGUGUGACCUAUGCUACAAUUAUAGAUGGAUACUGCAAAUCUGGAAAUUUAUCUGAGGCAUUUCGAUUAAUGGAAGGGAUGCCAUCAAAGGGGGUUCCGCCUGAUUGUUUCAUCUAUUGUGCCCUUGUCGAUGGGUGCUGCAAAGCAGGAAACUUGGAGAAGGCCCUGUCCUUGUUUCGUGAGAUGGGGCAGAAGGGCUUUGCUUCCACGUCUUCUUUCAAUGCUUUGAUUGAUGGCUUCUGCAAGUCCAAAAAAUUGGUGGAAGCUAUCCAAUUGUUUGAAGACAUGGUUGAUAAGCAUGUGACCCCGGAUCAUGUGACCUACACAAUUCUGAUUGAUUCCCAUUGCAAGGCAGGAAUAGUGAAGGAAGCUGAGCGGCUCUAUCUGGAAAUGCAAAAAAAGAAUCUCAUGCCAAAUAUUAUAACUUACACUUCACUUUUACAUGGUUACAACAGCAUAGGGAGCUUAAAUAAGAUGUUUGCGCUUUUUGAGGAGAUGGUGGCAAGGGGGAUUGAGCCCGAUGAAAUAACAUAUGGCAUGAUGGGUGAUGCUUACUGCAAAGAAGGUAACUUGGUGAAAACUUUAAAGUUUGUGGAUGAUAUAUUGGUCAAGGGUGUGAUCUUGAAUAGUGAUGUACAUGAUGCACUGAUAGAUGCCCUAUGCAAAAAGGAAAAUUUUUUUGAAGUGUUAAAGUUACUUGAUGAACUGGGAGGGCAAGGACUUAUUCUAAAUCUUUCUACAUGUAGAACUCUAAUCCGUGGUUUUUGCAAAAUGGGAGAUAUGGACAAUGCAGCGAAGGCUUUGGAGAAUAUGAUUAGAUUUGGAUGGGUUCCUGACUCCUGUUUAAGUGACUUAAUCAAUGAAGGCCAAGAUGAUGUAAUCUCUGAGAAAUCUGUCGAAAUCUUGAAGCAAGCAGUAUCUGGAGUUCAAGCAUAAGCUUAAUUACUUAGAAGAGAACUGGAAUUUCUGCUCCUGGUGCUUCCUAUCUAUGGCUUCAUGUUAUCAAGUGCAGGUUCUAGCCCGAGUAGGGUGCUGAAGUGAAUUAACUUGAAAUUUGGUAUAGCAGGUUAAGGUGACAACAAAUCUCGGUAUCCAGAAUUUGCAGCUUCGUUUUGUGAUAAUCAUUGUGGUCCUUCUGACCAAAGUGGUGGAUUAGGUGCUUGGAAAGGUAGCACUGUUUUGCAUCCUCUUUUGUUAGAUAAAAUCCUCACUGUGAUAACAUUUCUUAAAGCACUAAGGUGGAAAGAUGAGAAAGGAGAAGGAAAGAGUUAUAUAGCUGGAUAAAUUUGGUGGUGCGUGGUGCCAGCAACAAAGAUGAAGAAUAAGACAGGCUGUGGUGAUUGUGAGGGGAGAUGGAUUGAUUGACUAGUGGUGCUGGCAACAUAUAUAAAACAAUGAGGCAGAUGAAUUUGCUAGCAAUACUUGUAAAUCAGGAGUUGGCUUUUCUUUCCUUUUAGUAAGAAAAGCUUGUUGAAUUUAUUCCUAUAAUCCUAUUGAUCACUCCUUAUUAUGUAGUUUCUUCCUUGUAAACUAUGGGUGUUAUUGAAGUGGCAAACUGUGUUCCAUUA